AUGAAUUCAACCAAUAACAUUAAAUUCAAUGCGCGAAUAAAAUCACAACAGAAAAUUUUAAUUAUCUUACUCUUCAUUGCUAUGGGAAUGGGUGUACUCUGCUUUUUUGCUACCCACAUCGAAGUAGCAUCUCGAUUGCAAACGAUUGAUGGAAAAGUUAAAGAAAUCUUCGAUAUUCUCGAUGAAAUCGAUUUAGCCUUAGUUAUUGAAUGUCUGUCACUUUUUUUUGUAAUUAAAUUGGAUCGUCUCGGUAUACUUAUAUUUGCAUGGAUUGAAGUAAACUAUUUGAUUCUUAUGACAGUUAGUAUAGUAUUCAUGGGUGUCAUUUAUGUUGAUGAAUCAUCAACGAGCGAUAAUGAUCCAAAAGAGACUCAAUCAGCUGUCGCAAAUAGUAUUUAUAUAGUUAUCAUGAUUGCUGGUGUGAUCACUAUAAUUGUAUCUAUUCUGAAAAUUACCUUCAUGUUUAAAUUAGCGAAAUCUUUGAAACAACGAACUCAAGAAGAUGCACAACAACAAUAUCCUUUGAUUUGA